UGCAGAUUUUUUUUUUUUUUUUUUUUUCUAAAAAGGUCAUGCAGAUAUGCAAAGUGAAAUCAUGCAGACCUGGUUCCCAGUUAAAUUCUCGAGCUUAUAAGUUCGAUCUUGACCAUCAAUUUUAGUUACUAUUUUCUGUUGCAUAUGAGCUUCUAACGUUAUAUCUUCAUGUGGAUUCAUUUCCGUAUGGUCUUUACUAGAUUAUGCAUACUAUAAAAAAUAUGAUUAGCUAUCUUGCUGCAUGUAAUUUUGGAUGCAGAAAGGUUAUAAAAAUGCAAUACACCAAAAAAUCUACCCAAUUUCAUUUUAAUUAAAUUUAGGUAAUUCUAAUAUUUUAUUUUCUCACUUGUAAUUAAUUAUCUUGUUUGUUCACCAAAAGAAAAUCAACUCUCCUGAAAAUAGUGACUCAUUUAAGGUAACCGCCUUAAAAGUUAGUUACAUCAAUUUUAGUUACCAUUUUCUGUUGCAUAUGAGCUUUUAACGUUCUUAUGUUCAUGUGGAUUGAUUUCCUUAUGGUCUUUUACUAGAUUAUGCAUACUAUAAAUAUUUAUGAUUAGCUAUCUUGCUUCAUGUAACUUUUUGAUGCAAAAAGGUUACAAAAAUGCAACACACCAAAAAUCUACCCAAUCAAAAUUCAAUGAAAAUUAAAUUAUUUCUAAUAUUUUAUUUCUUGUGGAAACCCCUUAGUAUUUUAGUUUGACUAAAAUUUUAUUAAUGCUUUUAUAUCAAGAGUUUUGUGGUUCAAACCCAAAAAAAUGUAAAUUAUGUAGAUUAUGAAGAAAAAAAUUACAAAAGAUCUGCAUGUCGUAUCAUCGAACAUGGAUUUUAUAGGACGUCUCUGAGUGAUGUAGUCAGACAUAUAUUCUCGUAUAGUAGUAGAAUUGUUGGCUUUAUAAUAUUUAUGUAAUAUUUUAAUAUCAUAAUUAAUCAACCGUUUAAAAAAAUAUUUUAUCCCUUUCAAUUUUAAUUAAUUAUCUUGUUUAUUCACCAAAAGUAAAUUAACUCUCCUAAAAAUAGUGACUCAUUUAAGGUAACCGCCGUAAAAGUUAGUUACACAAACUUCUUCCACAAGUCGUCCGCUUCUUCACCAAAAUCUUCACACUCUUUUUCACCUCUACACACAUCAUUUCGCCAGAGAUUGUACGACGCUUCCUCUGUUUCUAACGAUUGUUUAAUGGCGGCGGAUGAGAAAGAUCAACUCUCAGGACCUGGUACGUCUCUUCUCAAACUCAUUACGAUCACAAUCUCCAGAACAUAGAGAUUUUGAGUUAGGUUAAGCUAUGUUUCUGCAUUCCUCUGCUUUUAUUUUAUCUCUCUGCCGUUGAUGGAAACGACUGAUCUUGUUUCUGUUACACUUCUUGACGCAGAAGAUCCAAAGUCAGAGUCUAACGAUCUCAGUGAUGAUGAUAAGUUCAAAGAAGAGUUGAAGAAAAAGAAACUCGAAGAUCUCAAAAGAAAAGCCUUUUACUCUGUUCUCCUUGCUUUCAGAGCUGAAACCUUGACUAUAGGAAACAAGAGGACUCUUCUCAUGGAGAAACUGAUGAAAGAGUUGAACAUUUCUCAAGAAACCCGCAUCUCUUUUGACGUUAACAUUCAAGAGAAUCUUAUUGCCCAUCAACAAAGGGUUAUUUCAAAUUUCAAGGAAGCAGAACCAAAGCCAUUUCCCAUAUCUGACAAGAAACCACCUCUGGUUCCGACUUAUGUUGCUACACUUGGCUCAAGCUGGGGCAAAGUUAAUCCCGAGGCUCUGGUUGGAAGACGGAUCAGUAUCAGAAUGUGUUUUGAAGAGGAGUUCGAAGACUUUGUGAUCAAAGAGUAUAACGCAAAAGAUGAAAUGCAUCACCUAAAGAGCGUAGACCCGGAUGCGAUGGAGAUGGACGAAGUGUCAAGCUGGAUAGAUUUCAGAGAAGUUCCUACUGAUGAUAUUAUAUGGAGAGAUGGAGAAGCGCCAAUCUUUAAAACGCCUAAUACAUUGGGUGCAGGAGCAGGACAAUGAUGAGUAGCACCAAAACACUCUAUGCACUUGUUUGAUAGACUUGUUUAGUACUUGUACAGUCACUGGGAAGAGACUUUGAAGAAACGGGUCAGUCUCUAAAGUGUUAAACAUGAUGAUUCCAGUAACUUCUUUUGUAAAAUGGUUCCCUUACUUGUCUUGUUAGCUAUCUCCAACCCAAUUCCAAAACACUAUUUUAAUGUGAUUUUGACACUAAAACUUUCUUUAACCCAAUACUAAAAAUCACACUAUUUUAGUGCAACAGUAUAAUUUCACACUAAAUUUAGUGUGACACUAUUCACCACACUAAAACACUAUUCUCCCCACUAAAACACUAUUCAUUUAAUUUAUUAAUAAGAUGGAUAAUUAAAUAAAUGACAAAUAAAACUAUAAAUACAUAUAAUAUUAUAAAAUAUCUUUUAGUGUGAAAUUUGGUGUUAUAGUUGGAAAAAAGUUUUUUUUUUAGUGUUGAAAUUACACUAAAAUAGUGUGGUUUUGACACUAUAAUAGUGUUAUGGAUUGGAGAUGCUCUUAGCAACUACUUGAUUCUGUAGAAGAUAGGAUUGGUUGGAAAAAGCUCAUCUCCUCCUUCUUGAAACCUUCUCUAUUUGCCAGAGGGUUUCUAUCCUGACCAGCAGAUACUUUUCUUCCUCAGCUUUUUGAUGCGUACUGUUACUUAAGUAUCGCAGCGCUAGGAGCCAGCGUCCAAAAUAUAGGUUACUUUUUUCCCGAAGUAUGUGGAGAGCAAGUCAACAAAACCGGAAAACUAAACGCAGCGACCGUAAAAACAAAACAAUCGCAACAACCAAUUCAGUUAAAGUUGUUUUCAGCGAUCGGAUCAACACCGGCAACACUCAUAAAAGUAGUCGCUGCGUUAAUACUGUAUUUUCCACUGGUUAUAUUUUCUCUUCAUCAACGUUUGUUUGUUGGUCGCUGAAUACGGACGCAUCUACUCCUUGCCGAACAGGGCUUAAAUAGCGUUAUCCCUCUUCCAUAUAGAUUCAAACUCGAUCGAGUUGAUUAUAAUUUAUAAUUCUAGCUAGUUUCUUUUCACGAUAACCUACUCGUCAUUUCUUCUAAAUUCUCAUUUAUUCUGUUCACUCACAACUUAAAGUUUUUUUUUAAAUUGAGUUUGAGAAAUUUUGUUAAUUUAUGAUUUUUCAAAGAAAUGGAUCUUAAUGACAAGAAAACUAUAGUAAUUUAUCAUCAAAGAUUUGUUCACGAUAAAAUACAUAAGUAAGAAAAGCUUUGAUAUGAGCACAGAUGAUCACAUAUUAGAAGAAUAGAAAAUCAAAGGAAUUUUUUUAAACAAGGAAGAUAUCACAUAUUGGAAGUAAAAAGCUUUGAUUGUUAUAUGCCAUAGAUAUAAAACCGGGAGAAUAUGCUAUUACUCACAUAAACUGAUCUAACCUAAUAAUAUAAUCAUUAAAAUAUAUUUUUAUAAUUACAAAUAUAUUUACAAUGUUAACAUAAAUAAUAUAGAUCUUCUAGAUGUUUUUAGAAUUACAUUCAAUAUGAAUAUUAUAAUUUGUAAAAUUAGUUCGGUAUAUAAGAAAUAGGGUUUUUUUGCAAAUAUAACUCAAAACUUAAAGUCAAACACAAAACUAAACUUUUUUUUUUGAAACUUUGACUUGCCUCUUUCACCUCAGUGUUUAGAUUAUUCACAAAAAUGCUAUCACUUUUUUUUCAAAAAUGCAAAUUUUACUCUAUCACCCCCAUCUUCCUCAAGUAUUCACAAUAUUGUCAUUGCCAUCAAUACAUCAACCACAAUGAACAACCAAUUUGAAACUUUUAAUGCACCUAAAAAUCGAUUUACACUUUUUCUUUCUCAAUUCUUAUGAACUAAAAAUAACAUCUCUUUCACUUUAUCUCCAUAUUCAUCCAAAAAACCCCAAGAUUUUGAUUCUAAAUUUUUAGGUUCAUAGAGCCAUUGAAACUUACGAUUCUUGGUGGGUCACUUUUGUUUGAGAUUCUGGGUGCUUAGAGAAGACUUAUGUGUGCUAAACAAGUUAUCUCACUGGUUUAAACUAUGAAAUUAGUUUUUUUUUUCUCAGAUCUGUUCGUCGAGACGACUUACAGGUAAGUCGCCUGGCUGUAGACGACUUACAUGGAAGUCUUCUGGUCAAUGCAGAGCUUAGUUUUGCAAUUGACUUUUAAAUGUGUUUUUAUAGAUGACUUAUAUGGAAGUUGUAUAUCUUUGUUUGUUAAAAAAAAAAUUGAGACGACUUCCAUAUAAGUCGUCUAGGGUAAACGGGCUAGUUUUGCAUUUGACCGAAUUGUGUCAAACUUUUGACUUUUUUAGACGACUUACAUGUAAGUCGUCCAGUAAAAAAUUAAAAAAAAAUCAAUAUUUUGUUAUACCUAGAAGACUUAUGGAAGUCGUCUGAGGUGAGUUUUGCAAUUGGAAAAAAAGAAAAAAAUUCUAGACGACUUACACGGAAGUAGUCCGUCCGACGACUUACAUUGUAGUCGUCCAUGGUUUUAUUCCGAGAUUCUUGUCAAACCUUGCUUAUCUUGGACGACUUCCAUGUAAGUCGUCGGACGGACGACUUCCACGGAAGUCUUCUAGAAAAAAAUAUUUUUUUUGUUUUAUUUUUCAAUUGCAAAACUAACCUGAGACGAUUUACAUGAAAGUCGUCUUCGUAUAACAAAAUAUUGAUUUUUUUAAUUUUCUAUUGGACGACUUACACGUAAGUCGUCCAGGAAAAGUCAAAUUUUUGACACAAUCCGGUCAAAUGCAAAACUAACUCGUUUUUCCUAGGCGACUUACAUGUAAGUCGUCUCGAGUUCUUUUUUAACAAACAAAUAUGGACGACUUCCAUGUAAGUUGUCUAGGUUAUAAAUAAAUUACAAAACUAACCGAAAUGGAUGACUUCCUAGAAGUCUGCCAGACGACCUCCGUAGAAGUCGUAUGCGUCAAUGUUUAAUAAACUUUCAUUUCUGUAAAACUAUAAAGAAUUUUUAACAUUUUUUUUGUUAAUUCAUGUCUAUUAAUUAAUAUUUUAGCUACUGAAUGAAAUUUAUAACUUAAUUCGUGAUAUUUAUGAGGUUACCAACAUUCAUGUUUAUUAAAGUUUCUAGCUGAUCCGUCCAAUCUUCUACGCUAGUUUUUGAAUAACUUGUAUUUUUAAGAGUAUUAAGUAAUUUCAAGAUAUGUAAAAUUUAUAUUUUAAAAAUAUGUUUUCUACCUUAAUUUUACUAAAUUUGACUAAAUUUUUCAACACAAACUUGUAAAAAUUGUGAUAAUUUUGACUAGUUACUAUUGUUUGUUUCCAUUUCUUAAGUAUGCACCAAUGAUGAUUAUUCCUAUGAGUGGGUAAGAUACUUGUUUCUUAAAAUGUUAUAUCAAUGACUUAAGUAUCAUUAUUGUUAUAUGCAUCAAUGAUGUUUUUUGUUAUGAGUGAGUAGAAUAGUUAAAAUGAUUUUUAAUAUGUUGUAUCAAUGACUUAAGUAUCAUUAUUUUUAUAUGCAUCAAUGAUGUUUUUUGCUACUUAAUAUGUUGGAGUCCACUUGAUAUGGAAGAAGACUCCGUCAGAAGACUUCUAGGAAGUUUUCUAGCACAUUAUAUUUUAGAAAACUUUGGAAGACUUAUGGGAAGUCUUACCGGAAGUAUUCUAAAAUAUAAUGCACUAGAAGACUUCCUCGAAGUCUUCUAGAGCAUUAUAUCUUAAAAAACUUCCCAUAAAUCUUCCAAAGUCUGCUCCGGAUAUGAAAAACAUGCUUAUAAAAAAAUGUUCAAAUGACUUAAAAAUAGAGAAAAUAAGUGGAAGAUUCUAUAGAUAUACUUUUAUAGAACACACAAAGUAUAUAUCCAAGUGGAAGAUGAGAACCAUCUGGUUAAAAACCUACAACAAAAAGAUAGAUUAGUGAGAAAGACAAGAGACGAAAAUAAAAAAUUCAUAUAAAGUUUGGUGUUAUCAAAUCAAAGAGAUUAGAAUGGGUUUGAGAGUUUUAGUUUGGGAAAAAAGUAAGAACUUUAUACAACAUGAAGUUACCAAAUGAAGAAAAAUCAGAUAUACAAACUUACACAAAUUAUGAAAGAGAGAUAUGUGAGAAGACUUCGUCAGAAGACUUCCAGGUAAGUCGUCCUGGAAGUCUUCUAGCGCAUUAUAUUUUAGACGACUAACAGGUAAGUCGUCCCAAAAGUCUUUCAGAUCUGAAAAACUUGCAUAUCCAAAUCCAAAUAUGAAAAACCUGCAUAUCAAAAAAACUUUCAAAUGGCUUAAAACAGAAAAAAAUGAGUGGAAUAUUAGAUAGAUCUAUC